AUGUAUCAUCAAUCAUUAGAAUUACUAUUAAAAUAUCGAGUAAAUAUCAUAGAACCUUAUAGUAUCAAUAUCAAUAAUAAUAACAAUAAUAACACAACACCAGCUUCAGCUUCAUCAUCAUCAUCAUUCAGUUUAAACAAUAGUAAUAAUAAUAAUUAUACAACAACAGUAUCAUUAGCAUUCAGUUUAAAAAAUAGUUAUAGUAAUAGUAAUAGUAAUAACAAUAUAACAACAGUAGCACCAGAACCUACAACAUUCAUUUUAAAAAAUAGUAAUAGUAACUAUAAUUUAAAUAGUAUUGGUGAAUAUAACAAUCUAAAUCAUAAUAGUACCAGUUUAGCCCGAAGCGCAAGUUGUAGUAGUAUAAGCAGUUGUAAUAGUAAUGAUAUCAAUGGGAGUAGCAGUAGUAGCGGUUGCAACAAUAAAAACAAUAAUAGCUUUUUAAUUAAUAAUGGUAAUAUAACACUUCCACCACCACCAUCAUAUAGAAAUUUAAAUAAAGAGGAAUUAAAAUCAUCACCAAUUUAUAUACUACUUUUAAAAACAUUAAAUAUUGGUAAUAUUCAAGAGGAAUAUUAUUUACUAUAUAAAAAUAAAACUAAAGAAUUUUAA